CUUAUCUACGAUUAUCACUCCUGUGAUUCACAGGGAAGCAUUUCAGACACAAUUGCAUGUUUCACAAGAUGUCCCACGAGUUAACAGCUGCAGCUCAGAUAUCGACGAUAACGCGCGAGCUUGGCUCGUAUCAAUUUCCCAUAAAUACUGUUCAGCAGGGAUGUUCGUACUCACAGCUUCCAUCGUCAGGCCUGCGGACUCACCAUCAUUCAGGUCACAAAUUGAUUGGGGAGGGGGGAGAAAAAACCCACCAACUAUGGAGACUGCAGUGUUCACCUGCUGGCUCCUUUUACUGCUGUUCAGCCCGACUGUUCCAAUGUGUCUGCCCACAGACUUCACCCUGUACGUGGAGAAGCCGCAGUGUGACUAUUGUGUGGCGAUCAACACGACCAUCUGCAUGGGGUUUUGCUACUCAAGGGACAGCAACUUGAAGGGAAUACUCGGCCCGCGCUUGCUCGUCCAGAGAGGCUGCACCUACGACCAGGUGGAGUACCGCACGGCCGUGCUGCCCGGCUGCCCCCUCGACUCUGACCCCGUCUUCACCUACCCGGUGGCCCUCAGCUGCCACUGCGGCGCCUGCAGGACCGACAGUGACGAGUGUGUGCACCGAGCCAGCGCGGACAGAGCUCGCUGCACCAAACCGGUCCGUCGGAUCUACCCGUACCCAGGCCAGAGCAACUACAUGAUCCCUUUCUGAUGGUUUUGUUUUGGCUUCUCAACAUCUUUCUUUCUUUACCUUUAUUUUUUGUGUGUGUGUUAAAAUUACUUAAAUGAUCGAUGAAUGUUAAAAUAUCAUCCUUUCGCUUAUAAUCCAUACAGUGAUGUAUGCGCUGUGUGUACUGUUACUAUCUGUGCAAGACAAUUUGAUUGUGCCUCUGUAGCCUAAUGUGUCCGGGCCUCUCUGCCUCUCGGUUUACAGUGGGGGAUUAUUCCUGACGGCGUCAUAAUUUAUCCUCUUGUAUACUCGUGUGUUUAUAUGUGUGUGUGUGUGUGUGUGUGUGUGUGAGACUCCCAAGACUUUAUUAUUGUUUACUGCGAAAGGGAUGCUCCGAAUGCAAACUCAAUUAAAGGUGAAGUCUCCAAAUA